AUGAAAAAUCGAAAAUGCUCGAAAUUCUUCCCGAAGCCUUUCCAAGAAGAUACCGUUGUUGAUGCGGAUGGCUAUCCCCUCUACAUGAGACGAUCAAAAACCCAUGUCAUCCAAAAAAAUGGUAUUUCUUUGGAUAACCGACAUGUUGUACCUUACAACACAAGGUUCCUACUUAAAUACCAUGCACAUAUUAACAUGGAGUGGUGUAACCAAAUUACAUCAAUCAAGUAUCUGUUCAAAUAUAUUCACAAGGGGUUUGAUAGAAUUGGUGCAACAAUUUCAACUACUGGCAAGGACUCAGGAAACGACAAAGAGCCUGUUGAUGAGAUCAAACAGUAUCUGGAUUGUAGAUAUGUGUCCCCGAGUGAGGCGUGUUGGAGAAUUUAUUCUUACAACAUUCAUGGCAGGAAACCGGCAGUCGAACGUAUGUAUUAUCAUUUAGUAGGUGAACAGGCUGUUUACUUUCCAGAUCACGCGAGAAUGGGAAAUGUGUUGGAAAAAGCAAGUGUAACGGAGUCUAUGUUCACUGCUUGGUUUGUUGCUAACCAGAAAUAUGAGGAUGCGCGGUCACUUACAUAUGGUCAAUUUUUGGAGAGAUUUGUUUAUGAGAAAAAAAGCAGAACAUGGAAACCGCGGAAAAAGGGGUUCACCAUUGGUCGUUUGAUAUGGGUUCCACCAACCACUAGAGAGUUGUUUUACUUGCGACUGAUGAUGACAGUGGUUAAGGGACCACUAACUUACGAAGAAAUUCGCAAAGUUGGUGACACACAAUUUGAUACUUUUAGGGACGCAUGCUUUGCAAUGGGAUUCCUAGAAGAUGACCGAGAAUACAAUGGGGCAAUACGGGAGGCGAGUGAAUGGGGUUCUGGCCAUUUCCUCCGCAAACUUUUUGUAGUUAUGCUUUUGUCGUCCGCUGUAAAUAGGCCUGCUCAUGUCUGGAACGAGACAUGGGGUCUACUAUUUGAUGGUCUGCUGCAUCAGCAGAGACAGUUGGCACACAAUAAAGGUUUUACCCAAUUACGAAUUAAACUAAUUUCAUGUGAUAUUGUUGGAUCCCGCAUGGAUAGACAGUUAAUUGUUUGCAUAGUUUCCACUCUUACGUUUUACCAUUUACAUGGUGAAUUAUUGUCUAACAAAAAUUUGGAGCUCACUGAGGAUCAGUUGAAGAAUUUGACGUUAACAGAAAUCGAAAAACUAAUGCAAGCAAAUCGAAGAAGCCUCAGCGACUUUAAGCCAAUUCCUUAUCCUGAUGGAUACGUUCUACAACAAUUAGGCAACAGGCUGGUUUAUGAUGAACGGAGUUAUGAUGUGCCUACAAUGAGAACCCAAUUCUUGUCGCUUUUCAACGCUCUGACAGAUGAGCAAAGGUCAAUAUUUGAUAAAAUUAUGGCGUCAGUUGAUGCUCAAAAGGGUGGUGUCUUUUUCCUACAUGGUUAUGGUGGAACCGGUAAAACUUACAUGUGGCGAACACUUGCAAGUGCAUUGAGGUCCAAACAUGAUAUAUGUCUAACCGUUGCAACAAGUGGAAUAACUUCUUUAUUGUUGCCCGGUGGUAGAACUGCACAUUCUAAAUUCAAGAUACCUGUGCCAACAAUGGACAAUUCAACAUGCAAGAUUGAAUAUAAUGAUGACGUUGCAGACCUUCUACGGCAGACAAAGCUUAUUAUAUGGGAUGAAGCACCGAUGGCACACAAACAUGCUUUUGAAGCACUCGAUCGAACUUUGAAGGACGUCAUGUCUACAUACGGUAAUUCAAAGGAGAUCUUUGGCGGAAAUGUCGUUGUUUUUGGUGGUGAUUUUAGACAGAUUUUGCCCAUUGUACCUAGAGAGAGUCGUUCGGAUAUUGUACAUUCUGCCAUAAAUGCCUCUUACAUUUGGCGGUCAGUUAAAGUGUUAACUUUAACGCAUAACAUGCGACUGCAAUCCGGCCCAGAUGAAGCUGAAAAAAAAGAAAUUGCAGAGUUCUCAAAGUGGCUGUGGCAGAUUGGUGAAGGCAAAAUUUCUGAGCCAAAUGAUGGAUUUGCCGACAUUUAG